AUGAAGAAAUACGCGGCAAACUACACAAAGCGAAACAUCUUCGACCUAAGACGCAACGCGGAGCUUCGAGUUCUGACAUGCAUUCACAGGCCGGACAACAUUCCCUCCACAAUAAACCUUCUAGAAGCCUCGUACCCGACGAAGGACGAACCCUUAUGCGCCUACGUGCUCCAACUCAUAGAACUCAUAGGCCGAGCCUCCCCCGUCUUCAUCUGCCACCAGCUUCACAAGAGCUCCAACAACUCCAUGGCCGAGAAACUCGUCGACGCGUUCCAGAACUUCGAGCAAGAGUUCAAGGACGCGUUGGUGGUGAACACGUUCACGACGAUAUCACCCGCUGAGAUGAUGUACGACGACAUUUGCACGCUAGCGUUGAACAAGUUCACGUCGCUCAUAGUUUUGCCGUUUCACAAAAAGUGGUCUUCGGAUGGGAGCAGCGUGGAGAUAGAGGACGAGUCGCUGCGCGAGUUGAACUACCGAGUCAUGGAGAGAGCGCCGUGUUCGGUUGGAAUCUUAAUCGAGAGAGCGCAAAUGACGCAUAUUUUCUCGCCUGAGACGCCUUACAUGGUUUGUUUGCUUUUCGUUGAAGGGAAAGAUGAUAGAGAAGCGCUUUACUUUGCAAAGAGAAUGAUGAAGAACCCGCACGUGAGGCUCACCGUGGUGAGGUUUCUGGCCUCCACGAAGGAGGAAAACCCUAAGGUGAAGGAUUGGCAGGAAAUGCUUGACACGAAGAUUUUGAAUGAUAUGAAGAGUGAGAAGGUGGGGGAGGCUUGUGUGGAGUACAUUGAGAAGAGGGUGAAGGAUGGGCCUGAAACUGCUUUGGUGAUUCGUUCUUUGGCAUCUGAGUUUGAUUUGAUAAUUGUUGGGAGACAAGCUGGGAUUGAGACUCCUCAAACGAGUGGGUUGUUGCAGUGGAGUGAGUAUCCGGAACUUGGGGUGCUAGGGGACUUGCUGGCUUCAACUGAUGCUGCAGGAAAAGCUUCUGUGUUUGUGAUGCAACAGCAAAGAACAGCUAGGGAUGCUUGA